AUCCCAUCGGAGCCGCUCUCCCCCUGGAGAACCCCAUUGUUCUCUGUGGCCUCUAUAAUAUGUAACACGCUCCAUUGACAGGCCUACGAGUGGGUGUUCACAUGGAAGGGCGGCCUGAAAUAUUAAAGGGCCUGAUGACCUGCUGCAGGCUCACAUUGUUUGCCCUUCAUUAGAGAGGAGAGCCGUUUCUGUGGAAGAGCAGAGCAGCAGGGGGAGAUGAAGGGAGGACGUACCCCCCAGCGGGCUGUGCUCGGGAUCCACGGGGACUAGGUAAUAAAGGUUCUCUCUCUACUAUCUGAUCCUAUAAUGUACAUCAGUAGUGCAGCAUUAGUUUGUCAUAGUGGGAAAGAGUGAAGGAAUACGACACUGGACUAGUCCUGAGAAGGUUGCUUUGAAAACAGAAGCCAUGGCAGGACUCCAGAGAACUACCAAGGACCUUCAGGGGGUUUGGAGGACAAACUAGAAGGAUGGAUGAAGAGGAAGCCCCAGUUCCUGAUGCCCCAGACUUUCCUGUCCCAGAGGACCCAGCAGAGGCCCCUUACCUAGGGGCCCCAGAAGAUCCCCCAGUAGAGGGUGGUGUGGAGGCCAGAGGAGUUCAGCCAUUCAGAGACAGCCGUAAACUGGACUGUAUCAUCUGCUACUGUGCCUUCAACCUGACUGAGAGGCUGCCACGCAAGCUCUACUGCAGCCACACCUUCUGCCAGGCCUGCCUGAGACGCCUCGACACCAUCCUCAAUGAACAGAUGUGGAUCCCCUGUCCACAGUGUCGGCAGAACACCCCCCUCCCACGCGGGGGCGCUACAGCCCUGGACCUGGACCUAGUAGCCUUCUUGGGGGUCAAGGCAGAGAUGGAAAACCAGAGGUCUUGCUCACGGCAGGAAAGAAGAGAGCUAGGCACCCAGCUGGAGCACAAGCCCUCUUUUGGGAAGCAGUCCAUCAUAGAGCAGCCUCAGGCCACCUGGAACCAUGGUGGAUUGGCUGAGCCUCGCUUCCAUAGGAGCCCCUGCUGUAGGUGCUUCUUCUGCUGCUGGUGGUGCUGCUAGGUUGCUCAGGCAUGUAUGAAUGACAGGAGUUGGUUAAAGCAUCUGGCCAAGAAUUCCCAUUACAGUACCUCCUGCAGCUGAUUAUAGACACCUGGGCUUCCAAGGCUACAAAGUGGAAAAUACCUAACGCCUGUCUGCCUUGACCUGACCAGGACAGACACCAGGCCCUAGUUGUGUGUGUGAUUACACUACUGAGAAAAACAGUGGUCAGGAGACAAAGUUGUGCGGGGGACAACAUCGAGUCUAUCGUUUUACAAAGAUACUUUGAUUUGAAGACUAAUGGAAAAAUGUUUCAGCGCUCAAAAAGGGAUGCUUGAUAAGGACCUGUUUUGAGCUUGCCUACAACCCCCCUGCUGCCUCUUUUCAAAUAGGCAACAGGACAUAUGGGCUAUUGGUACCUUGUGGUACAGUCAACUGUUUAAUCAUUAUAUGCACACCUUGUUGAGUUAUAGUACCAUUUGUAAGUGUGUUUAAUGAAUAUAUAUAACCAUUUUGUAAUGUGCAAGUGUAAAAUAAUGAAAUAUAUUAUGGAGUUUGUUUUUAUUUAAAAAACAAAAAAUUGGAUCAACUUCUGACACCAAAUGACUCGUGUUUAAAAUCACCUAAAACAAUGUUAUUAACAGACAAAAAUAUCUGGGAGAAAGGACAGAAAGUAUACCCACAGCUUCAAAGUUGUAGAUAUUAAUAGCCUCAAAUGUUGUUCAAUAAUAAAUCAAACAAUCUACUAAGUGU